AUGGCCCGACGAACAUGGGAAGUGGCAAACAAAAUCGAUACAGUCGAUAAACCUUUUGAGAUAAAUGAUGCGGAGCAGACGCAAAUGCGCAAUGCAAAACCUUGGGAAAAGGACCCGCACUAUUUUAAAGAAGUGAAAAUCUCGGCGGUUGCCCUGAUCAAAAUGGUCACACAUGCUCGUAGGGGAGGAAAUCUUGAGGUCAUGGGCUUGAUGCAAGGUCAUAUCGACGCUAAUACUUUUGUUGUUACAGAAAGCUUUGCUCUACCGGUUGAGGGAACGGAGACUCGAGUCAACGCCCAAGCACAGGCCUACGAGUAUAUGACCAAUUAUGUCGAAAUGGGUGAACAGGAAGGACACAAGCAUAAGGUACUCGGCUGGUACCAUUCACAUCCAGGAUACGGUUGCUGGCUUUCGGGUAUUGAUGUUUCAACACAGUCAACAAAUCAACAGUAUUUGGAACCUUGGGUCGCUGUGGUUAUUGAUCCUUUGCGUACUAUGAGUGCUGGAAAAGUUGAUAUUGGUGCCUUCCGAACCUACCCAAAGGGAUAUAAACCACCAGAUGAGCGUGGUAGCAGCGCCAAUGAAUAUCAAAGUGUUCCUUUGCACAAAAUUGAAGAUUUUGGAGUCCACUGUAAAUCUUACUACCCAUUGGACGUCACUUUCUUCAAAAGCGCUCUUGAUGAUAAGAUGCUGAAGUCGAUGUUUAAUACCUACUGGAUUAACACACUUCGUGGGUCACCGAUUUUUGCGAAUUCUGAUUACAUUAACUCGCAAAUCAAGGAUCUUGCUGGAAAGGUUAAGCAGAUUGAGCGUCAGACGGUUCGCUCAGAACGAAACAAAGAUAUUUUGGAGAAAGUUGAUAAAGCGAUUUCUGAUGCUCUUACAAUAGAAGACGAGCUUCAAUGUGGCUUCAUCUCGAUGGAAGUUAAAAAGAGUCUUUUCUCUCGUCCAUUGUGUGUUUGUCGAGACGAGGCACCCACCGAGGAGAAGAUGCACGAA